AGUUAGCAAGAGUACUCACUUGUCAAGCACUUGAAUACAGACAAUUUGUUUUUUUAUUCUAUUAAAGAACGUCAUGUUUAUGACAGCAAUACUUGUUUUUAAUGGAAUCUUUGUGGUUUCAUGUGAUCCAAUAGGACUACUAACAACUAACCGAACCAUUGGAUAUAAGAAAUCUAUUGACCCUACUAUCAUCAGUGAAAUAAAAUCGAGUAUCAAUCCAGGUAUCAAUGAAACUACUUUGAUCCCGCUCCUUAUAAACGAAACCAAGUUUUCUUCAGCAUCACCGCCAGUGAAAAUAAUUAGCAAAGAACAAACAGCUUUGCCACAAACAACUGUUGAAAUAACAGCUGCUCCAAUAACUACUAACUCUACAACAGAUAUUUUACGAUCUAUUCUCCCAUCGAUGAUUUUGUCAUCAUCGCUCAUCGAACUUCCCCCUAUUACAACAGCUGUGUCAUCAACAACUAAUGAAACAACAACUAUGUCGUCAGUAAAGUUUUCUUCAACUGCUGCCUCACAUACACCUUCUAGUAUCAAUGAAACUACUUUAAUCCCGCUCCUUAUAAACGAAACCAAGUUUUCUUCAGCAUCACCGCCAGUGAAAAUAAUUAGCAAAGAACAAACAGCUUUGCCACAAACAACUGUUGACAUAACAGCUGCUCCAAUAACUACUAACUCUUCAACAGAUAUUUUACGAGCAAUUGUCCCAUCGAUGAUUUUGUCAUCAUCGCUCAUCAAACUUCCCCCUAUUACAACAGCUGUGUCAUCAACAACUGAUGAAACAACAACUAUCUCGUCAGUAAACGUUUCUUCAACUGCUGACUCACUUAUACCUUCAAGUGUCAAUGAAACUACUUUAAUCCCGCUCCUUAAAAACGAAACCAAGUUUUCUUCAACAUCAACGCCAGUGAAAUUAACUAGCAAAGAACAAACAGCUUUGCCACAAACAACUGUUGAAAUAACAGCAGCUCCAAUAACUACUAACUCUUCAACGGAUAUUUUACGAACAAUUGUCCCAUCGAAGAUUUUGCCAUCAUCGCUCAUCCAACUUCCCCCUGUUAAAACAGCUGUGUCAUCAAUAUCUGAUGAAACAAAAACUAUCUCGUCAGUAAACGCUUCUUCAACUGCUGCCUCACUUACACCUUCAAGUAUCAAUGAAACGACCGUCAGCCCACUCCUUAUAAACGAAACCAAGUUUUCUUCUACAUCACUGCCUGUACUAACAUUCACUACCUUUCCAAAAUCUAUUUUAGAAACGUCGAGGAUUUUGCGUACAUCGCUUAUCGAGCUUUCCUCUAUCAAAACAGCUGUCUCAUCAACAAUUGUCGCAAUAACUAUCUCGUCAGUUAAUGUUUCUUCAAAAGCUGUCUCAGUCACACCUUCAAUACAGUACAGUACAACAAGUACAACACCUGCUAUAUCAACAACAACAAUACCAGUGCUAACAACAACAAGUAAACCCACACCAACAGAUAAAGAUGAUGACGAUGAUAGUGACAUCGGUGAUGAAGAUAGUUAUGAUGACGACAGUGAGCGCGAUAUUGAUUACGAUAGUGCUGAUGAUAGCAAUAGCGAUUCAGAUGAUGAUUAGAAAUAAAUUUAACAUGUUUCUCAUACCAGCAUAUUGUAAUGAAACUUUGGUUCAUUACCACAAACAUACCUCUGCUUGCUACAUAUAUACUGUGAGCUAACACAAACAUAUAUAAGUAUAUAAACGUAUAUUUUUAACUGCUUUUUGGGGAAUUCAUAGCCUUUUUACGAAAUAAACAUGCUGCAUAUACUUAUCUAUUAAAAUCUUUUCAUACACUUUAA